UCUACGAAGUGCGUAGUAUCUUUGAAAAAGUGCAGUAUUGUCACCAAUCCUAAUAUGUAAUCUUUGGUAUGGUGCAGUUUUCAGUAUUUAUAAUCUUUAUCUAUGGGUGCAUGGGUGCAUUGUGCAGUCUUUUCAAGGUCAGGCACUUAUAAAAAUAAAACCACGGCACAUAAAAACUUAUAUGCCGUGAUAAAACUAUAAAACAGUUACUGAAAGAAAGUGGUUUAAAUGAUCCUGGUUUAAUUCAUGUUUAAUUACGCGUUUUGUGUGUUUAAUCUAACAAAGGGCAAUUUAGGAUAUUACUAUUACAAAAUGAGGAAGUAGUUUAUGUCUAUUAUAACUUAUAACUAAUCUCGUGAAGUACAGGUUUACUAUAAUAGUUAGCCUAUAAUAGAUAUUAAUAUCUUGAAUAUUAGAAUGUGACUUUAAAGGAACUUGGAAAACUAAACAAUAGAAAAUAUGUCUAAGUUGGAUCAAUUACCAAGUCUUACAUCAGACUUGGCUAUAGAAAUUUUAAAAAAGACCAUUGAUCAGCUUCAGUUGCCAGAGAACAUUCAAAAAAUCGAUGAAGCUAGAGAUAAUGUUGGCAAUGAGAUGCUAAAAAUGAUGCAGUUUAUUUUUCCCAUAGUGAUGCAAGUACAAAUUGAUGUUAUUAAAGAAUAUGGAUAUCCUGAAGCCAGGGAAGGUGUAAUAAAAUUUUCACAAAUGCUAAGAGCAUUGGAGAGAGAAGAUACUGAAGUAGCUAGAUUGCAUGGAAUAAUCAAGUCAUAUUAUUUGCCUCCUGUAUCAGCUCAUACAAAUAACGAAUCUAGCGAAGACAGAACUAGUAGUAAUUAGGUUCUAUGAUUUUAUCUACUCUUAAUAACUACAAUUAUUAUAAUAUGAAUUGAAACAAUUUUUAUAUAAGAAAACUGUUUAUUUUAAUAUAUAUUCCUUCAAA